AUGUCCCAAACAGCACCAUCCACUCAAUCCCAGCACAAGGAUGUGGAGUCAGUGGCAUCCGGCCUCAAGGACAAUGCUUUUGUCUCUAUCUAUAACGACGGUGACAUUACCGAGCUUCUCUUCAAGGAAUCGGUAUUCGCAUCGGGUUUCCUACCACUUGAACCCGAAGACGCCAAACCAACCCCAGUCACCAUCCCCAAGCGGCGCUUAGCCGCACACUUCAACACCGGCACGACACCUCCAACACGCGGCUUCGAGCAGACAAAGGCCGCCAACCUCGAAAAGGUAAUACAGACUCCAAUCAAGUCAUGUAUCAAAGCCGACACUGUACCCAAGACUCCAGCCAAGGUCGUGGAGCGGAGGCCCAGUUUCAUUGAGGUCUCGACUCCCAGUGAUCACAAAGAACACCACGGUCACCGACGACAUUCGUCAGAAACCCAUCUGAGUAUGGGCUGGUGGCCAGAGGACGACGGGACCGCCCAACAUGUCUGGGUGGAGAAGGAUCAGCCUUCUGCGGACGAAGAGGAAGACAUGCUAGAAGACUGCUUGUGGACGGACGCGUUCUACGACUGA